AAGGUGUGUAGUACGGUAAAUACGAGAACCAUCGUCUCGCACAACACACAAGUAGUUAACCGGUCUUUUCUCUUCCUUCCGCACACAAAGUUUGUUACAAAUUUGUGUAAAUUCUUAUUUCUGUGUCAUAAGAAAAAUCCUCACAAUUUAUGAUUAAAAAUUAAAUUUCUCACCUAUAUUUCCUUUUUUGAAAAAUUUAUUUCUCUUCCUUUCUCUCGAUGAUUGUAUUCUCCUUUGGAUUUUUAAUCUCGAUAGAACGUCCAAUGUUGAGGAGAGUUUGAUAUUUUUUCUCGAACGGAUUCCCUGCCCACCAUCUGGGAAUUUUAUCCUUUCGAUUUCACUCACUAAGAGAGAGAGAGAGAGAGAGAGAGAAGAGUUAUAUUCUCGAAAAGAGAGUCUUUUAGACACAGGUGCGUGACGAUCUUUGGCGGUAGUGGAUUAAUUGGUCUCGAUGUCGUUGUCCACGAGGCACGACAGGUGUAUUUAGUGCUUAGAAGUUCGGGAGAAACAGCGGUAUUUAUCUCAAUACACCAGGUGAGUGAGACAGGACUCAACGAGACGGUUGAGAAUGAAGAGGAUCGCGAUCCUUCCAAUCACCUUAGGACUGCUGUCCGUGGUUUUUACAGCCCUUGCACUUUCCCCAGCGAUUCACCAAAUUGACAUCUCUGAUUACGUAUAUGGGGUAGACCAUGAUCUACAGGCGAGAGCACGUGUUGCCAUCGAGGCUGAACGUUUUGCUCGUCAAUCAAAAAGCUGGCUGCAGGACAGAUUAAAGACGACGAAGGAAUCAUGCAAAUCAAUGGAAAGUCCAUGUCCGCCUAGCAAAUAUAGAACACCUUCCGGUGCUUGCAAUAACGUGAGACAUCCUGCUUGGGGUGCAAGAGGAUCACCAUAUCUCAAAGUUUUAUCAUCUGCUUACGCUGACGAAAUCAGCAUUCCAAGGCAAUCAGUAAGCAGUCACAGUCUGACAUCAUCAUCGGACGUUAUCACCAAAGUACGAAGUAAAUUGGCCAUAAAUGAUCAACACGAAGGUCUCACAAGUCUCACGGGAAUAUGGACCGAACUGAUCCUCAGGGACAUCUCAUCUCCAAUUUAUUCACAAAAUUUAACUGACUGUUGCUCAAAUCCUCCAAAGCAUCCAGAAUGCUACGAGUCACUGGAUCAAUUUGGAUCAUGUUCAAAUUACUAUCGUCAAGCGCCCACAGUGAGUUCUCAUAUUUGUCGUUUCGAGAAACGAGAACAAAUGAAUGGUGCCUCUGGCUAUUUGGAUGGUUCCGAUCUCUAUGGAAAUACAGACGAGAAACUUCACAAUCUAAGGACCUACAGUCAUGGCAAGGUCGAUCCAUUUGCUUGUGAACUCUGUGAAAAUCGUGAAUCAGCAUUAGGACAAAUUUAUCGAGCAUUGCUCUCGGAGCACAAUAGGAUUGCCGAGAAAUUGGCAUUUGAAAAUGAACAUUGGGAUGAAACAAAAUUAUACCUUGAAGCUCGUAAGGCGGUUGUUGCUCAAAUUCAACACGUUACCUUCAAUGAAUACGUGCCGAGUAUUCUAGGCGAGGCUGUUUAUUUGGAUUCGAAUUUAAGACCUGUGACAAGUGGAUAUUACGCUGGAUACUCGUCGACGAAUCGCGGUGGUGCUUUAGAUGCCGUUGCUUUCGCUGCUCUUCAGGUUUUAACAUCCUUGUCGGCUCACAAUAAAGAUUCACUCGAAAAGCACUUGAGCACUUCAUCGAAGCACGUUAAUUUAGACAUCAGCAAUCAAAUUUCCGAAUUUCCGGCUUGGGAUUCAAGUGCUCUUUUGGUUCAAGCUGCUAGAGAUCACGGAGUUCCUGGAUAUGUCAACUUCAUCUCCCACUGUUCUGAAAACAAAAUUCAAAUUCAGAAUUUCAGCCAAUUGGAACAACUGAUAUCAGCGAAAGAUGUGAAAACUCUCGAGGAAAUAUAUUCACGAGUAGAGGACAUCGAUCUUCUAGUCGGUGGAAUUUUGGAAAUUCCACGAGAAAGUGCCGCUGUUGGUCCAACAUUCCUCUGUCUUUUGAAGCAGCAAUUCACGAAAAUUCGUAAUUCUGAUCGCUUCUGGUACGAAAAUGACAUUCCUCCUUCUGGUCUUUCGCCAAAUCAACUUUUGGAGAUUCGUAAAGUCUCGCUUGCCGGUAUUUUAUGCGCAAAUACCGACAUCACUAAAAUUCAACACAAAUCCUUCAUUCAACAAGAUCCCUACCUUAAUGUUCGAAUUACUUGCAAUCAACACGAAGUUCUCGAUCUCAGUGCCUGGAAUGAGGCACCAAUGCCAGCGCCAAUCACCGACAAUUACAUGAGUACAACCGAGGCUUCUGAACUAAUUCCCGAAAUUGAUGCCGAAAUGAUAGCGGCCGCUUUGAAAAAGGCCGAGGAAGAUUUAGUCAAACGUCAACAAUUGGAGUAUCAAUCAUGGCUCGAGCAAAGAAUCGCUGAUCCAAAAUCUCCAGCCGGUACAGCGGCAAGUUUCUCAAAAGCCAAUAAAGACGCUCUUCUCCUAGCAAAUUCGUCAAUUAUCUUCGAACUCGCCACCAAUGAAAUCCUCAACGGACCUCAAGGUCUCAAGCGUCGUCGUCGAAAGAGGCAAGCCUUCGACACUCCCGACAAUAUUCUAGGCUUUCCAAACAACGAUUUCUCCGAUCUCCUGCAAAAUGUCGACGUAGCGGGCCUAAUACCAAACAAUAAGAAAGCCACAAAUCACGAGGAAGUCGAAUGUCCAGUCGAUGAAUCGCCUUGUGAUCCGGGCACACCCUACAGAACCCUCUCCGGACACUGCAACAAUUUACGUAAUCCAAAUUUGGGAAAAUCACUGACAACUUUCGCUAGACUCCUACCGCCAGCCUAUGAAGACGGUAUUUCAAAACCUAAAAUAACAUCCGUCACUGGAACACCGCUACCAAAUCCUAGAACAAUCUCAACAGUCAUUCAUCCCGAUAUUUCAAAUCUACACAACCGUUACACAUUGAUGGUGAUGCAGUAUGCGCAAUUCAUUGAUCACGAUUUGACAAUGACACCAAUUCAUAAAGGAUUCGCUGAAUCGAUUCCCAGUUGUAGAUCAUGUGAUUCAGCGAGAACGGUACAUCCGGAAUGUAAUCCAUUCCCAAUGCCGGCUGGCGAUCACUUUUUCCCGACAGUUAAUUCAUCGACUGGUGCUAGACUCUGUUUCCCGUCGAUGAGGUCUCUACCGGGUCAACAACACUUGGGACCGAGGGAACAAGUUAAUCAAAAUACGGGAUUUUUGGAUGCUUCCGUUAUUUAUGGGGAGAAUACUUGUAUUUGUAAUAUUCUCCGUGGAUUUAAUGGUCGCAUGAAUAUUACCUUACAUCCAAAUAGGGGAAAGGAUCUUUUACCUCAAUCGCCAACGCAUCCGGAAUGCAAGUCACCAUCGGGCUUUUGUUUUAUUGGAGGUGAUGGUCGAGCGUCUGAACAACCUGGAUUGACAGUGAUGCACACUGUUUGGGUUCGUGAGCACAAUCGAAUCAUGGAAGGUCUCAGAAAGGAGAAUCCUCACUGGGAUCAUGAGAAACUCUUCCAAGAAACCAGACGUAUUAUCAGCGCGAUGCUUCAACACAUCACCUACAACGAAUUUUUGCCUCGAAUUUUAGGCUGGAAUGCAAUAAGUUUAUACGGCCUGAAACUCCUUCCUCAAGGUUAUCACAAAGACUACUCACCCACUUGUAAUCCAAGUGUACUAAACGAAUUCGCCACCGCAGCCUACAGAAUAGGUCAUUCACUCCUUCGACCCCAUAUUCCUCGCAUGGAUCCAAACUACCAACCAGUCGAUCCUCCAAUUCUCCUCCGCGACGGCUUCUUCAAUGUUGACAUGCUCUAUCAACAGGGAAUGUGUGACGAAAUAAUUCGCGGUCUCGCCGCCACUCCAAUGGAAACUCUCGACCAAUUCAUCACCGGCGAAGUGACAAAUCAUCUCUUUGAAAAUCAUCGUAUUCCCCAUUCAGGUAUUGAUCUCAUUGCCCUCAACGUUCAACGUGGUCGCGAUCACGGCCUUCCAUCAUACAAUCACUAUCGUGCCCUAUGCAAUCUUAAACGUGCAUCGACGUUCGAUGAUCUCUCACGUGAAAUGGCUCCGGAAGUAAUAGCUCGCAUGAAGAAAGUCUACGCAUCAGUCGAUGAUAUCGAUUUAUUCCCCGGUGGAAUGAGCGAGAGACCACUUCAAGGUGGACUCGUUGGUCCAACAUUUGCCUGCAUUAUUGCCAUUCAAUUUAGGCAAUCGAGAAAAUGCGAUCGCUUCUGGUAUGAGACGGAUGAUCCAGUCAUUAAAUUCUCCGAACAGCAAUUGUCUGAAAUACGUAAAACAACAUUAUCGAAAGUUUUAUGCGAAAAUAUGGAUCAAUCAAAUGAAAUGCAGAGGGCUUCGUUCGAUUUACCGAGUAAUUUCCUGAAUCCUCGAGUGCCUUGUGGUUCGAUGCCGCACAUGGACUUCUCUGCCUUUCGGGAAACCCGUCACGGUUGUCAAAUCGGUGGCAGGAACGUUGCAAUUGGAGAAUCUGGCUUUCCAACUCCCUGCAGUAGCUGCAUUUGCACAGCCGAAGGAACGCAAUGCGCAUCCCUACGAGUAACAGACUGUAACCAACUAAUUCGAGAAGCAUCGCGAGAAGCAAUAUUACGAGACGAUGUCUGCACAGCUCAAUGCGGCUUUGUUCUCGCAGCAACCGAACCAUCGCAAAGAUCACAAUUGUCAUCGAACAAUAAUUUUCAGGGUUUCAAUCAACAACGAAACAAUUUGCGUAGUUCCCAUACACCGACCACCUUCAAUGGUUUCAAGUUACCCGAUCUCUCGCAAUUUGUUGGUUAAUAAAAAAACCAUUGCGAAAACAAACAAAAAUUUCAAAGACUCAAAAUUAUUAUCGAGUUCUAAAAGACUCGAACUUUAUAAAUUUUAUAUUUUUCGACUAUAAAUUAAAAUGACAAAAAAAAAAAAUAAAUAGAAAACGGCGCUUGUGAGUGAAAGUGUAACUGCGUAAAUGUAAAUAUAGAUGUUAAGAUCAAGUUUUGGGUUAUUUUUGUUCAUAAUUUUGUGAGAUUUAAUUUAUAUAUAUAUAUAUAUAUAUAUAUAUAUAUAUAUAUAUAUAUAUAUAUAUAUAUUAUAUAUAUAUAUGUGAGAGAGAAGUGUGAAUUAUUGACGUUCAACUUAGAAGGAGAAAAAAAUUGUAUCUGUUUAAAAUAAGAAUUAUUAUUAGUAAAAGAAAAAAAUACGAUACUGCCAAACAUUACACAAAAUGGUAUAGCAAGUACUGUUUACUUUUUUUUAUUUCUAAACAAAGUAUUAGCACAUUUCAUGUCUGUCGUAUCUUUUAUUUUUU